AAAUUCGUCUUUAUCACUACCUGUGAACUUUGUACCUGUCUCUGCAUAUACAAACGUCAUACUUAAACGGUGUCAUGUUGCGAAUACUGAGUCGAUCCACAUCCCGAGGAAUAGUGAGAGUUACCCAGUGUACAUCAACAGCCAUGACACAGCCACCUCCAGGAAAGAUGUUCUCUCUUCAAGCAUCACUGCCCCGCCUUCCAGUCCCUCCACUCGAACAGACCCUCAACAAAUACCUGAAGUCUGUCAGACCCUUACUCAGUGAUGAGGAAUUCAAGACCACAGAACAGAUAGUACAGGACUUCAGUAGAAACCCAGGACCUAAACUUCAGAAACUUUUAGAGUACAAAGCCAACCAGGAGGAAAACUGGCUAUCAGAUUGGUGGAUGAAGACAGCCUACCUUGAGUUUAGAUCACCUGUUCCAGUAAAUGUUAGUCCUGGUAUUGUAUUCCCUCGACAGAGCUACCGAGACAAGGAAGGACAACUGAGAUUUGCAUCCAAGUUAAUUGCUGGUGUCUUGGAUUUCAAGGUCAUGAUAGACACCCAGAACUUGCCUGUGGAACACAUGGGUAAAAAACCUCUGUGUAUGACUCAGUACUACAAGAUCCUGUCUGCUUGUCGGACACCUGGUAAAAAGUGUGACAGUUGGGCCUGUUAUCCACCGAACGAAUCUAACGCUCCAAAGCACAUAAUAGUGGCUCACAACAAUCAGUUUUUUUCACUAGAUGUGUAUGGUGCUGAUGGCAGGCCCCUGUCUGAGGCCCAGAUCUACCGUCAGCUGAAGAGUUUAGUUCAGGAAUCAGCACAGGUGGCUACUCCUGUGGGACUCCUUACCACAGAAAACAGGUCAACUUGGGCCAAGGCCUACAGUGAACUAGUAAACGAUCAGGAGAACAGUGCCAGCCUCAGAAAAAUCAAUCACAGUAUUUGUUUAGUAUGUCUUGACAACAACCUUCCACAGGAUAUGAGUGAUGAACGCAGUGUGGCAGCACAACAAAUGUUACACGGGGGAGGUGAUAGUCUAAACUCUGGCAAUAGGUGGUUUGACAAAACGAUUCAGUUUGUGGUUGGGAGAGAGGGGAUCAGUGGACUAACCUAUGAACACACAUCAGCAGAAGGGCCACCUGUUGUGAUGCUGCUUGAUCAUGUCGUGAAAUAUUGUUCUGAAAACCAUUCACCUGGAUCAGAUACUCCAGCUCCAGCCACUCCCACAAAGCUCACAUUCAACCUCAGUAAGAAUAUCAAAGAAAUGAUAGACACAGCCCGGACACAUCUGGAUGUGCUGGUUGACGAUGUGGAUCUAAAUGUAUUUGUGUUCAAAGAUUAUGGCAAGAAUUUCCCAAAGUCACAAAAGAUGAGUCCUGACAGUUUCCUACAGAACGCUAUACAGCUUGCUUACUACAGAAUACACAACGAGCCAGCACCGCAUUAUGAGACUGGUACAUUGCGGAUGUUCCACCUGGGUAGGACAGAUACUAUCCGCUCAUGUUCAGAGGCCUCACUAGAAUUCUGUAAAGCUUUUGUGAAUUCAAAUACACCUAAGGAGCGUAAGGUUGAGCUACUCAGGAACGCUGUACAAGCACACAAAUCUUACACAAACGAGGUGAUACAAGGUAACGGUAUUGAUCGACAUCUUCUGGGGCUGAAAUUAGCAGCCAUAAAGAAUGGCAUGAAUGUACCAGAUCUCCAUAUGGACAUGGCGUACACCCUCAGUACACACUUCAGAAUGUCAACAAGCCAGGUGCCAGCACACUCUGAUUCUGUACUGGUGUUUGGUCCUGUUGUUCCUGAUGGCUACGGUGUGUGUUACAACCCACAGGAAACACAGGUACACUUUGGAGUAUCAGCCUUCAAUAUAACUCCAGAAACAAACUCUAAGAAUUACAUCAACAUGCUGAGGAAUACACUGCUCGAGAUGAGAGAUCUAUUCCAGGGAUCUAUGCAGUCCAAGCUCUGAUGUAUUUAGACUGCAGAGCAUACUUUACUUUAUAUAUGCUUUUGCUGUUCUGAGAAAAUCAUUUGUUGUUUUGGCUUCCCAUUCCCUCAUCUACCGGCCAAUUCUGAAAACCAUGUACUGUAUGUAUCUGGUCAUUAGACAGUCAUUAUUGUAUGUAGGGUUGGCAGGUUAAGUUAGAAUGUAGACAUGACUGGAUGAAAAUAUGUUCACAAGACUAAAAGGUGAAACCUCUCUAACACUAUUUACAUGUGUAUUACAUGUAUUACAUUUAACUUGGUACAUUUCAUAGUUGUGUGUGAAUAUUAAAGAAAUGCUGUCAACUUUAUGAUAGAAUGGAUGUAAUAUGUGUGAAGUUAUUGAGACAGAGUUUACAUGAUCAGGAUAACUCUUCCAACCAUGUAUGGAUGAGUCUGCCUUUCCUACUCAAGUUUCCAAGCUUUAAUUAGUCUGGAUAACAAUAGAAUAUUAUAAUCCCUCGAGAGUGAUCUAAACUAAGGGGGAAAUAUUCUUAAAUUGGCUAACACAAUGUUUGCAAAUAGAUGACAACUUUAUAAUCUUUCCCAAAUGGUUUAGAUUACUUCAUACAACUCUGAUGAGGAUAAAAUUAUUAUUUUACUCUGAUUACUGUUCUGGGUUUCAUACAUGGAAUUUUGCUGUAUCAAUGCUUAGCAUGGUCAACACGAUGUCAUUGUUUUGUUGCUGUGAUGUCAUACUAUUGUUAUGACAUGGGAAUCCCCCCAAUCUCCCCAGGGGUAUGACAAAGAAAUCUUACCCCAGUAGAAGUGUGGAUGUAUAUGUCCAGGUUAAGAGAAAUCUCAGUCAUGCCCUGUUUUAUUACACAAGUUCCAUUAUAGACAGAUAUCUAGACGGUGUGAUGUGUAGUGUAAGAAUACCCAUCGUGUGCCCCACUGAUGAAAUGAUACAUUUUUUCUGUCUAGGAAGGACUUUGAAGUCUGUAUGCCAUGGAAUCUCUAUGUAUGGUGUAAGUGAUUGUACAGACAUUAGUGAAAAAGUAUGAUCUAAUCUUUUGUUGAUGUUUUUAAAGCAUUUCAACAUUGUUUCAAGUUAAAACAAUUUUUUUCCGUUAAAAAGUCAAAUGCCUGGCUUGUAUUUUUCUUCUGUGGUGCUUGUUUAUUUGUUAUCAUUGCAUAUGAAUGAUAAAAUUUGGAAAAAAAUUGUUUUCUGAAAUCCCAGGUUUGAUUUUGUAUCAUGAAAUAUAGAUGUUGGGAUCCAACAACUUUUAUCAUUCAACUAAGCUGCUUUGGGCUACAAUUAUUCAUUUAAAGGCAAAUUCUGACACAUCGUUUGGAUGAAGAGACAGUUUCUAAGAUGGCCAUAACCUAUUAGACUUACUCAGCGGUUUUCUACUGUAUAAAUAUCCACAGAUGGUUUGAACCCAUAAAUUAAUUGCCUGUCCCAUAUGUUUUGAAUAAACCUGUAAUUUGUCCUCGUACCAUGAAAAAUUAUUUGCUAUAGGACAUUAAAGGUGUGAUAUUGGAGGAUUUGAUACAAAUUUGGUAUAAAUGAAAUGCAGUGUUGUUUGUAUGUACAGCAAGCGUAUCUUUUCCUUAGAUGUAUCAUUACAGAAAUGGAAAAAGCAAUAGUUGACUUUACUUUCUACUUCAGUUUGAAAUCAAUGCCGGAUUGUGCAUUUUGUAGCAGAGAGUGAUCUGUAUAACAAUUAUUGAAUUUUUUUGGGGGGAAGGGAAUAAUACUUUUUAUCCAGCAAUAGGAAACAUCUGAGUUGUGAUCAUGAGAAAGAAUAGAAUUUUUUUAUUUCUGUUUAUCAAUUUUCACUACUGUAUUGUUACAAUAUAUUUGUGUAUAGAAUGUAAUUAUCAGAUAUAUUUAUUAAUUUUCUUUUGAUUCACAUAUAUCCAAUCAUACUAUCAAUUAAUUCUGUCAUAUUGAACUAUGCUUAAUGCUAAUUUAUGAACAGUGUAUAAAAAUCAGAAAGGAGAAAUUUAUUGUUGAUGCUGCUGGGGAUGCAGUACUAAUAAAAUAUGUAAUAUGUUUUACAGUUGUGAAGUGUAGUGAUAUCACUGCUACAUCAUAUUCCAGUGACCAUAGUUGUUAAUAGGAUGUAAAGAAAGAAUCAACUUAACUAAACUAUCCCUUUCUCAUGGAAGUUUCCAAUAUUGCUUCUUCAAAACCAAACUACAGAAUUAUCACAAUUGUAGGUGAUAAAAUUAUAUCAAACAGGUCUCGACUUGUAAAAUCAAGAAUGCUAGUGAAGAAAUUUAUUUUUACAAAGCCUUAAUCAUUCCUUUUUCUUUCUAUUUGGAUAGUCUUUAUGUUAUGUGUUCCAAAAUUUCUACCUCGAACAAUUUCCUGUUCUGAAGACAAAGUUAAGGAAUAUACAUGUAUAGCAACAAAUCACCAUGAUUUAGUGGUGUGAUGAUUUCUGUUACAAUUAAUGGUCAAUGUUUCCAUCAACUCAGUAUAGUUUAACACUUAUCUGAUACCUUAUUAUAGUACUGUUAUGUAUCGGCUUAACAUUUGUAUAGGAUAUGUUAUAGAAUUUGCAGUUAUUGACUUAAACACGGAACUUAUACAAGCAUAUUUGGAUUAGCUUUUUGGAAGGGCUGAUGAGAGAAGCAUUCCUGAUUUCCAGAUAUCAAAAUAUAACACAUGGUCGGUAAUAUCCAUGGAGACAACAAAAAAACUUGAUACGAUUCAAAUCAGCUCUGUUUACAAAGUCUAUACUGGUUUUACUCAUAUUGAGAUUCUUUCACUUACUGAGUUACAGAGGAACAUUUGCCUAAGAUUGUUUUUCAUGAUUUUCCAUUAAGCUGUCAAUAUUUCACCCAGUGUUAAAAGCACCCUAAAUACACCAAAAGUCCCAUAUAUUCCAACUUUAUCAUCCAACAUGUAGCCAACCAUUUAUUGAUGUUUGCCCUGUUUUUAACAGCAUCAAAAUUUCUAAGUAUACAGUAAUUUGGAACGUUUUACCCGGGAAUAUACCAGUAAAACACCUACCCCUGCCCCCACCCUCUCCCAGAACUACAGGUUCUGUUUAGGGCUAUUCCAGUAAAACACCUAUCUCACCCACCUGGACUUCAUGUUCUGUUUAGGGCUAUUCCAGUAAAACACCUAUCUCACCCACCUGGACUUCAUGUUCUGUUUAGGGCUAUUCCAGUAAAACACCUAUUGAAACUAGAGAAUUGAUAGUGCAUAACAUUUUACACAAAGACUUGUCGCUAGUUGUUCGAAAGGCUUCUCAUGCAAGACAAAGUCCUUGAUUAUGACUUGUUUCAAGCCACUGUAGGAAGCUGACCCACAUUUACUUUAUUGUAAUGUAUUUCAAGCAAUGAUGAUAAAAACAGUAAUGAGAGUUGUUAGGUAUUGUAAGAAUGUUUGACCUGAUAAGCUUGUGUGAUAACCCAUUGAAUCAGUUGUUUUAAUGAAAUAAUCUUCAGUUCUCCUUCGAAAGCUUUAGUUGAUUAAGGACUGUGUACAAUUCGGAAAUGUGCAGCAUUGAUAUCUCUUGAUUAAAGGAAAAGAAAAAAUGAUUCUGUGUAACAUGAAUGUAUAUGUAGGAUAUAACUGGCUUUUCCUGACUACUUUCUAUUCUUCUUAAAGAUUUACCAAAAGAAUAGCACACCAAAUAUCUAAAGCAUGUCAAUAGGGACACAUUGUUGUUUUUGCUGCAGUUGAUAGCAAAUAUUCUUGGAUUGGGUUGUUUCGGAUUGAAUAUGCAGAAUUGUAUGGUCAUCGAGUUGUUGAUAUGACUGAUUGAAAUAAAAGUGAUUGAAAUACA